UCAUUAUUCGAGUCCUCCAUCAAUGUUACGUUCUUGUAUCACGAACCUUGUCCCUUCUGUUUCUGUAUUUGACAACACUUUAUCAAUCAAUCAAUUGAAUUAUAUUUUCAUCAUACAAGUUCUACGGAAGCUCCAAUAUUAUUCAAUCAUGGGGCCACAAAUCAAAAAUGGUCCCAACAAUUACGUGAAUCUGGACUACAUUUUUCAGAUAUGUUAUCUUCUUCGAUCCAGCAGAGUGUGAUGCUUCCAAGAUGGAGAAGUUGGUGGAAGUGUCGGACCAGGUGGUAUGCAUCGACUUCGUGCUCGGAACCAAAUGCAGAGCCACCGUCCGCCUCAGAUCUCUCAGCGCCACCACCGCAAUCGCCUUCAAAAUCCAAACCUCAUCUCCUCACAAGUUCCUGGUCAAUCCACCGAGUGGACUCAUCUCUCCUCUCUCUCAAUCCACCUUCCAAAUAAUCCUCAGACCGCAACCGAAAAUUCCUUCUACUUUCCCUCGCUCCGCCUCCGACCGCUUUCUCAUCCGCACCUCCCUAGUCGGAUCCUCGGUGUCGACUAACCCGGACACCAUCACCUCCUGGACGCAUGACAUUAAACUGAAAGUCGCCUUCGUCGGUCCGUUCCUGCUCCGGCAUGCGGUGAAUAUAGGUGACUGCGACGCUGUGAGGAGUAUGUUAAAGUUUCAGAGGACGAUUUUAACCGAGUUAUCGAUUCGUGAGGCUGAAUCGCUCCACCGUGUGGCUGUCAGGUUGGAUAAUUCUGUUGAGAUGGUGAGUUUGCUACUGGAGGCCGGGUUGAAAAUUGAGUCAACAACUCGGAUUUUAGAAGACGUGGAAGAAUCUAAAUGGACGCAGAAAGGGUGGUCGGAAUUACACGUGGCGGCGGCGUUUGAUCGGACAGAUGAGGUUUCGAGAUUGAUUAAAAUGGGAAACCGUAGGGGGUUGGAUUGCAAAGAUAAAGAAGGAAAGACACCGUUGUAUUUAGCGGCGAGCAAAGGGUAUGAGAGGUGUGUUAAACUGUUGGCGGGUGCAGGUGCUACCGUGGACGCUAGACGUAUUGAUGGUUGGACGGCGUUGUACAGAGCAGCAGCGAAAGGUGACCGUCGGAUGGUAAAAGUGUUGAUUGAACUUGGUGCAGAUCCAUCGAUCGUCGCCGAUAAUCGGAAUCGUUCCGCCAUUGAUGUAGCACGAGAUGAGGGACAUAAAGAAGUGGUUGAAACCCUAGAACGAGGGGAGGAGGUGUUAAACGCCGCACGCCGGGGAGAUCUGGGGCACCUAGAAUUUCUGUUGGAGACAGAUGCGAGUGUGGAUUUUCGAGAUCAGUAUGGUUUGACUGCGAUUCACAUGGCAGCCAUUAAAGGCUACAAAGAUGUGGUGAUGUUGCUGGUUGAGUUUGGUUCUGAUCUGGAAUGCACGGAUGCGGAAGGGCGGACGCCGCUGCAUAUGGCGGUGGUUGGCGACGACAAAGAUACGGUGGAGGUGCUGGUAAUCAGAGGAGCAAACGUGAAUGCCAAGUGUAAUAGAGAUGUAACGCCUUUACAAGUUGCUGAAGCAAUGGGGAAUGAAAUUCUAACGCAGUGUCUCCUUCUCCAUCAAGCUACUUGUUGAUAUUCAUCAUUUGGCUUUUAACUCUUUGCCGAACCUCAAAAUUUGUUCAACGUUUAAAAUCAUUCCCACAAUGAACAAGUUUUCCAUCCUAUCUUUAAUGAAGAAGAUGCUUUCUUUUAUUUCAUUAAAAUUUUUCCCUCAUUAAAAGAAACUCAAAAAACACAAUUAACCAUUUUUCACAUAUUUAUGACAAAAUAACUAAAUAUUUUGCUUAGGACUGUAAACCGGAACUAAUGUUCAAUGAACCAUUUGGCUGAGAGUUUGUUUAUAUUUGUUUAUUUAAUAAAUGAACGAACAUGAACAUUAUCGUAUGAUUUGCUAUAAUACAUGUAUAUAUAUGUAUGGUUUUUUUACAUUCAUUAUUUACAUUUGUUUAUGUUUAUUCUUUUAUGUUCAUUUAGCACAUUCAUGAAAAAAAUAAUUUAUUAAACGAAUGAACAUGAAAAGGAAAUUCGUUCGUUUAUACGUUCUUAUUCGUUUACAGCCUUAACUUCCCCC